AUGGAUUUAACCGUUGGAAACAAUUCUCAUCAUGCAAUGAACAUUGGUCAACCAUUGUCAGCGGUGCAGUUAAUUACCACAGUGGGUGCUGCAUUGCUUUCUUUCACCAUAGUCUCUGGGAAUCUCCUGGUUAUAGCUGCUUUCGUUAGAGACAAAAGCCUACGGAAUAUCACCAACAACUACCUGGUGUCCCUCGCAAUUGCUGAUUUGCUCGUUGGAGCAAUCGUCAUUCCAAUCUUUACACUGGGAAACUAUGGCCGUGAUAAUGAGCAACGGUCCGGUGAUGAUGCGACUCUUUGCUACUUUUUUCAAAUAGUAGAUAUUUUUAGUUCAUCAUCCUCCAUUUUUCACCUGUGUGUUAUAGCUGGUGAUCGAUACAUGGCUAUUGUUCAUUCAAUGACAUACCCAGCGAAGAUGACCCGGAAGGUAUCACUGGUCCUCAUCGGAACGGCUUGGUGUCUUGCUUUAGGUGUAUCCGGCCUGUGGGUUGGCUCAGAGGUGGGAUUCGGCCAAAAUAAUACGAACACAUGCACAGGCUCUUUCUCACCGCUCUUCAGUAUUAUUUCAUCAUGCGUUUCCUUUUUCCUCCCUGCUAUCUUGAUGAUGAUAUUUUACACGAAGACGUUCCUCACAGCUCGUGCACAUAUCAGGAGAAUACAACGAGGUAGGAUGGCGAUAAGUGGUAACGGCGGUGGCCAAGACGCUAUGCGGAUACACCGGGGCGGAAGCACAGCUACCCCCGGUGCAUCUGGGGGAGCCACUGCCAUGCAUUCGGAGUACAAAGUAGCAAAGACUUUAGGGCUCGUCAUCGCAGCAUUCUUGCUGUGCUGGUUGCCAUUUUUCGCCCUCAACAUCAUCCUUUCAUUGUUCAACGGAGAGUAUAACUCACUCAGGGCCAUCAGAUAUUUAUCCUACUGGCUAGGUUACAUCAACAGCGCCAUAAACCCAUUCAUAUACGCAUUUACUAACUCGUCCUUUAGGAAAGCCUUUUCGAAAAUCAUUUGCUGUCGGAGAAACACAAGAAGAGAUCAGUGGACGGCAGAUUCUAGGGCCAGUGGUGGUCGACAGACGAACUUGCAAAAUACUAUAAUUUGCCCGGUAUUAUUUCCAGUUGAAUUCCCGCUGCCAUUCAGGUAUUUUUAAGGAAGAUUAUCAUCAAGUUUUGAAGAGUAAAACAUUCUUAU